UUACAUUAUUUAUCGUUUUUAAAUUUAUCGUUUUUCUAAUACUUUAAGUAGGCGCCAAAUAGAAUUUUUUAAAUGGAAGGAAAUCGAGCGCCAGCAAGUAAAGAUAAAGAAAACUGCUUAAGCUUUGAUGAAUUCCUACCCUAUAUGGGAGAGUUUGGCUUGUAUCAAAAACGCCUAGUAGUCUAUUUGAUACCAUUCUUCUUCCUUUGGGCUUUUAUCUACUUUACGCAAAUCUUUUUAAUCGUUGUGCCAAAUGAUCAUUGGUGUCGCAUUGCCGAACUGCAAGAUCUAUCAAAAGAAGAGCAACUGAAGCUAGGCAUACCCAAAGUAAAAGACGAAUACAAUAAAUGUUUUAUGUACGAUACAAACUACACGGAAGCAUUAGACAGAAACUUAACCACAGCAGAUGAAAAUUGGCCACAGAAACCAUGCAAGGUUUGGAUUUACGACAAGGAGCAAGUGCCUUACGAGUCCAUUGCCACACAGUACAACUGGGUGUGCCAAAAUGAUCAUCUCGGUCCUUAUUCGGUUACCAUUUACUUUCUGGGUUCUAUUGUAGGCGGCCUUAUCUUCGGUUAUGCUGCAGAUCAUUGGGGACGUUUGCCAGCUGUCAUGUUGAGCAAUCUUUGUGCUCUCAUUGGAGGUCUUCUGAGCGCCUUUUGUAACAGUUUCCUUUGGUUUUCCAUCACUAGAUUUGUUGUGGGUCUGGCACUCAAUAACUGUUGUAUUCCCGUUGAUGGAAUGCCUGCCUUCAAAGUAUCGACCCGCAGUAACAAAUUUCUCAUUGACUAUCUGCUUUCUGCCUGCUGCUUGUUUGCUGCCUUGGAUUGCAUUAUGGUGCAAUAACUGGCGUUUAUUAGCUAUUGUGACUUCAGCUCCCCUUGUCAUUUGUCUGUUAAUGUACUUUUGCUUACAAGAAUCCCCCAGAUGGUUAAUAAGCAUUGGUAAAAUGGCUAAAGCUAUGAAAAUUAUAGAAUAUAUUGCUAAGGUAAACGGCAAAGAAAUUUCAAAGGAACUAAUAACUACAUUCGAAAAAUGCUGCAUAUUAGCUUACAAUGAAGAAAAACAAGGGAAACAAUACACUCUACUAGACUUGUUCAGAAGUUAUCGAAUGUGUUUUAUAACAUUGGAUUUAGUUAUUAUUUGGAUGAUCACUGCAUUGGUUUACGAUGCACAUGUUAGAGCUAUUAUUGAGAUUGGACCGGAUAUAUUUAUUACCUUUUCAGUGGCCAGUGCAAUGGAAUUGCCUGCCUGCCUAGUUCCAUUCUUUUUUCUAGAUUUUGUAGGACGCAAAUGCAUGUGCUUAUUCGCAUUUAUUGGAUGCGCAGUCGGUAGCUUAAUUGCUGCAUUACUUCGGAUUAAAUGGCAAAUAGCAGUGACUGCCAUUUUUGGUAGAUUUUGUGCAACAAUCACAUUUAAUAUUGGAGUUCAGUGGGCUGCCGAAAUACUUCCUACUGUGGUGCGUGGACAGGGCAUUGCAUUCAUACAAAUUAUGGGAUUUGUUUCAUCACUACUGUCUCCAUUUGUUGUGUACACCAAGAUUUAUUCACCUUCGGCUCCAAUGGCAAUCAUUGCAGCGCUCUCUAUUUGCGCUGCAGUGUUUGUUUUAUUUUUACCAGACACUACAAGGAGUGUUUUG